UUUUUUAGACAAACUUCUGAUAGGCCUAUCUCCUCAAGAUAUGAAUUAAAGACUUCCCACUCUGACAGCAGAGGUAGGCUAAUAUCAUCAGCUAGUCUUUCAGUGUAGGCCUACAGUGCUAACCUGUAGGGCCUAAUGAACAUUGAACUGUGAUUUAAUGGGGUCAGUCUUUAAACAAGAAAGAAUAGUGUAAGGCUAGUCUAAUGUUUUUCUUUAAUGCCUACAUGGAUGACACCAUGGCUACACUAUCAUAAAUUACAUAGAGUAAAUAAAUCUUACCAUUAAAACAUUACACAUUCACUGGAAUCUAUGACUUGAACUUCUUCUCAUGUACAAUGGGCGUGUCAAACAUAGGCCUACGCAGCCAGAGGGGGAGGAGAAAUCAGCGGAAGAGGAAAACCGCCAUCUUCGUGAGGUCUUCAUUCGUGAUGCCGAGACACUGUUCUGCUGGUGGCUGCAAGUCCCGUGACACCAGAGACUCCCGGAAGGCUGGCAUCACUUUCCACAGGUUACCCAAAAGGGAAAACCCCCGACGGGCCCUUUGGAUCCUCAACUCCAGACGCACAGACCCGCAGGGACAAGGCCAGUGGGACCCCCAGAGUGACUUCAUCUACUUUUGCUCCAAGCACUUCACCAAAGACAGCUUUGAGCUCUCGGGAGUCAGUGGUUAUCGGAGGUUGAAAGAUGACGCAUUGCCCACAGUCUUUGAGUCCUCUGCACCGAAGGGAAGAGCCACAAAAAGGACCACGCGAGGCAGGGGAAAGCAAGCAGACACGGGCAAACCUGCCAGCACAAAAGCCAGGUCUUCCAAGGAAGCUUCAGGCAAACAGGAAUCCCAGCAGACAGCCACAGAUUCUGAGAAUGUGACUGGUGGAGAAGCAAGCCACACAUCAGAGGCAGCAAAUGGAGAGAAUGCAGACAACCAAGAGGGGGCGGACACAGGUUCUUCCUCUCAGGCGUCAUCAGAAAUCCCCGUCACCCCUCAGCAGACCCACCAAUCAGCAUGCGACACCGUGUCCGAUCCUGUGCAGCAGCCCUCAUCUCCCAGGCCUCCCUCCCCGUCCCGCUACAUGAGGCGGCUUCCUCCUCCGCCAGGCUUCUACCUGCCCAGAGAACACAGCUACGCUCAGCUCUGCCCCCUGGUGUGGCGGAAGCGCUACGACAGGGCCAUCGACAACCUGGAGAAGGCACUCCGCUUGCUGAGCGCCGCGCGCCGGCGGGAGAACCGGCUGCGCCACGCGCUCAUGCGCCUGCAGGAGAGCCGGCUCAAGAGCACGCUGUCCCGCCUGCGGGAGGGGGGAGCGGGAGGUGGGGGGCGCGGGAAAGAGAGCCGCGGGGCCCGGGGGAGACCCCCGUUCUGGUCCACCCAGCGUGGAGGUGGCGGAGGAGGAGGAGGUGCUGAGAGAAGAGCCAGUUUUGGGAGUAUGGAGGACAGCGAGGCGGAGGGGGCGGCCGAAGAGCUGAGCGCGCAGGGAAGCGAGGGGGCGGGGGGGUGGAGGGGACGGGGCCGAGCGCGAGGCGGCGGAGAGAGGGAGGAGGACGACGGGGGCUGCUGUUUUUACUGCGGACGAGGGAGGGACGACGAGACGAGGGCCCCGAGAACUGCGGAGGGAGACAGAGGGCUGGACGAGCGCGACGCCGAGGCUCGGCGAAGGAGGCAAGUCGCCAAGCGAGGCCGAGCUCGAAAACCCGCGGAGACCAGGAGCGACGCCAUCAGGGACGCUCCCAAAGAGUGCUUCCUCUACUACUACCAGACCUCAGAGAAGGAGGACGACGAUGUGCAGGUCGUGACCCUGGGGCUUCCCCCGAAAGACAAGGCGACGGACGCUGGCACGUUGGACAUCUACGGCAACGCGUCCCGACCGCUCCCCGUCGCCGUUCCCGUGCCGGCCGAGGUGAGCUGCGUGCAGGUGCACGCGCUGGCGGGCGGCGCUUUCCCCGCCGACACACUACAGGACUCGCCAACGCUCCAGCUCCUCCAAUCCAGCGCCUCCUCCGCUCCACAGGGGCUGCUGCUCGCCGACCUGGUGCCCAGCGAGGGUGGCGCGACGCUGGUGGAAGGACAGCAGGAGUAUUGGGUGCAGCACGCGGCGGACGGCAGCGUGGUGCUGCUUCCGGUAUCUUCCGCCGAGGACGGAGGCACGGCCUCAACGCUCAAGGGUCUUAACGAGGACGUGGAGACCCAGAUGAUAUUUGUGUCAGACGUGGGGUUUCACAGGGAGGGGAUAAGGGUGGAGGGCGACACUAUUGGCCUAAGGGCUAGUGACAGACAGGGCAGCCUCCAAUCAAAUGUCAAAGGUGCGGUUCUAAGUGGAGACGUGAAGGAGAAGUUAAAAGAACAUUUAGAGGGAUUUCAGCUUCAGUUAAGCAAUGAAUUCAGUGACUAAAACAUUUGUAGACAAAGAUAUCUGUGGAUGUCUAUUGAGGUACUAUUAUUAUUUUAUUUUUUGUAGACUGUAUAAUUGAUAGAUUUAUGACCUUAAUGACACGGUUUGAGAGGAAAACCACAGCCGAGGGACUUUGAAGAACCACUGUUUGUGUUCCAAAACGUGAAUUUCACUGAGUUGGUGCCUUUCAUGAGAACUGUUUGGGACUGUGAAUUUCACAAUAUUUUGUGGUUAUUGCAUACAUACAAAUGGUUAUUGUAGCCAUUUCUUACACAAACAUUAAAUGUGUUUUUAUUUGCCUCAAAGGUCAAAGUUCAA